CCCCGCCCCUCGCACUGUGACCGCUGGAUAUGGGCACCAGUGACCCACGCGACCCUGAAAAGGAAGAAGUGUGUACAGGAAAAGGAUGGAUUCAUACACAUCUUUUCCCUUUUAGCUAAACUAAAUUCUAACAGUGGUUCUAAAGGUGGUCUGGACUCGGUAGAAACUAGGAUUAGCAUGUAAAACAGCCAUCGAGAUGAGAUUAUUUAAAAACUGUGACGCUGAUUAAAACCUGCAGCUGCACUAACUGGAUCCAUACAUGGCUGUCAACAUGAGGUUUUACAAAUUUUUGCUACUAUUAAGAUAAAAAUGAUGCCUUUUAUUAUCUUUUUUAAAGGAAGCAAUAACUGGGAGUGUUUAUGAUGUGAUGCACUUGUGGAGAACUGCAGAAACUGAACUGAUUGUCUUAACUUUUUUUCUUUUUGAUUUAUAACAGGUUUUUAAAGUCGUUGUGCGUGGCUCAGGCUGUGGUGAAAACUAAUUAUUAUACAUUUUUGAAAAUAGAAUAUAAUGUAAAAGCAUGCAAAUGAAGUUGACUCAGUGUUGCCCUCUUGUGGCCAAAAUGACUUUUUAUGGCUUUUAGUGCAACAGACUUAUCAGUGUGUGGUAUAAUCUGUAUUUGUCAGAAUUUAUAACAGGUUUUAUGUAAAAUGAGUCAGUGCCUGUGAAUGUAAGAUGUAAAAUAAGUUCUGGCAAAGCUGAAAAAAAUAAACAGUUGCAUCAACAUGAAAACCCCCCAUGAAACAUGUAAUUUUGUUUUUGUAAAUGGUCCGAAAUGAUGACAUCUGAGUUCAAAACCGUGAGAUGACCUCAACCUGCCAAAGGGUUUACUCUGGGUGAAACCUGAGCUCAACCUGUGUGUUAACAGAAACGAUCAGCCAACGUUCAAACGUGACGCCGACGGUCUGCGUGGUUAAUAAUUCCACAGAAGCACAUUUUGAUGCAAUCUGUUCUGAAAUUAGAAAGUGAAGAUACCGUGGGUUGUGUAAACCAAAUAAAGAUAAGGUUCGACUCAACAGAGCUCGCAGGUUUUAGUCUCGGAUGAUGCCGUGGCGUAACCGCACGGGAUCAACCCACUUCUUGGCCGUAUAAAACUGCAGUUUUGCAGCUCACAGCUCUGCACUGCUUCCUGCUGUCCACCACCCAUCGCUCGGGAGCAGCUGUCCCACCCCAGCAAACAUGCAGUCCGCCGACGUCGGGUUCAACAAACGCAGCCUGGUUCUGACCCUGAAGCGGUACAGCUCGGCCGUGGGCGACAUGGAGCGGACGGUCCUCGUGCCCAGCCUGCUGCGCGACGUGCCCUCCGACUGCGAGGCGGCCGACGACGCCCGCAGGGACCUGUACGCCGACUACUCCAUGCUCAGAGCCAUCCGAAACACGGCGGAGAGCAGCCUGGCUCCGCCGCUGCCGCCGGACGACCUCAAGGCCAAGACGUCGGCGCUCGCCACGACCCCGGAGCCUCUCCUGGACGCCGACCCCGAAGCGCUCUUUCUCUUCCACCUGAGAGGACUGUUCUCUGUUAUGAACGACCUCACGAAGACGACUAAAAGCCUCACUGAGAGGUACCUGGACAUCAUUGGAGUGGCAUCACGUUAAAUUUGCAGACGUGCAAAUAUCUGGAGUUUGUAAAAUACGUGACGGCUGCACUGUUUUCAACCAAAGACCCUCAACUUCUGUUGAAAAUGGAAUAAAUGUGCUUUGCCAAAACUGA